GCACCGAGUGAGAGCCCACCAAUGGGAUAGCUACAGAUUUAAAUUCUUAAAAUAUGGAUAAAAUCAAUUUUCUAUUUCUAAUAUGUCGAUAUCAAAAAAAUGUUACAAGCACAAUUACUAUAUUAAUAUAUGUAGUCGCUUCGAUAAUCCUUGUUAGCUAGUAACUAAAUCCAACGUAUGAAUGCGAACUAAAAAAUGAGCUCUUCUAAAAUACCCCCCUCAAUUCCCCCUCUCCUAUUUUAUAACAACACAUUAAUUAUAAUGCAUACCUGAGUGUGAAAAUCUAAUUGAGGUUUUAAACACUUACAAAGAGCUUAGUGAACAAAGGGUUAAUCUGGGCAAAUCGGCAGUUUGUUUCAGUAAAAAUGUCUCGAUGCCUAAUCAUGACUUCCUCGCCGCUCUAUUGGGGGUUGGAGCAGUUGGGGUCCAGGAUAAGUACCUGGGGCUACCAACGCUGAUAGCGCGUUCUAAGAUGCCCACUUUUCGAUUUCUGGAGGAAGAGCUGUUAAACAGGCUUCAAGGGUGGAAGCAGAAGACUUUAUCUUGGGCGGCUAAGGAGACUUUGAUCAAAUCAGUCGCCUUAGCCUUACCGCUUCACGUGAUGUCCUGUUUUAAGCUUUCCAUUUUCCUUGUGCCGGCUUUUGGAUAGACACUUGGCUAGAUUCUGGUGGGGAGUGGAAGGGGGACACUCCAAAAUGAGAUGGAUAUCCUGGCGUAAUAUGUGCACUAGUAAGCAUGAGGGGGGCAUGGGAUUCCGCCGGUUUGAACAAUUUAAUCAGGCUUUGUUGGCUAAAAUUGGGUGGCAAAUCCUGUCUGAAUCCCAGUCGCUGCUGGCGCAAGUCUAUAAAGGGAAGUAUUUCCCUCGCGGGACUUUUCUAACAGCUACGGCCAGGUCUCGUCCGUCGUGGGGGUGGCAGAGUAUCCUUUAUGGCCGUCAAUUGCUUCAACGUGGUCUCCGUUGGCAGAUUGGCAAUGUGCGGACUGCUUCUUUCCUCUCUUCUAGUUGGAUUCCUCUUCUUCAUCCUGAUGGCCCGAUCUAUAACCCGCAAGUUCUUCCAGUUGAGGGAGAACCAAUAGUAGACUCAGUUAUAUGCCAAGGUGAGGGGAAAUGGUGUGAUGCGAAGCUUCAACAAUGGUUUGACCCAACAGUAUGUCGGGCAAUUGAGGCUAUCCCCCUACCUAGUGAGAAUGUGGAGGAUAGGUUAAUUUGACAUAUGACCUCUGAUGGGAUCUUCAUAGUUAAAUCGGCCUACCACCUUGCGGUCUUGCUCGACAAACAAGAUGGUAGGUGAAGGACGAAGGUUAGCUGGAUGGAUAAACCGAGUUGGAUACGGCUGUGGGAUGCUAAUCUUCCCUAAAAGCUCAAAGUUUUUAUGUGGCAAGUGGUCCUUCGCAUCCUUCUGACAAUAUAGCCAUUGAUUGAGAAAGGUGUUCGGGUCCAGCCUCGUUGUCCUGUCUGCUGGGAGGAAAAGGAAACAAUGGAGCACCCGUUCUUGGAUUGUCCGGUAGCCAGGGCACUCUGGGAUCAGGCGGGCCUUGAGCAUCUUGGUCAGGGGUUGCCAAGGCAUACCUUCCCUCUGUUUAUGAAGAAGUUGAUGAAUGUCAUUCACCAUCCUCAUUUAUUCAUGGCUGUUGUAGCUGUCCUGUGGCGGAUUUGGAAGUCUCGUAAUUGGGUGGUCUUUGAGGGCAUAUAAUUCGGGAUUCCAUCACUUUUACGACAGUAUUAUCAAUAGUAUCAAGAAUGGAUGAGGCUCCUUGUUGACCAAGUUCAGCAUCUGUGCAUGCCUAGUGUUUCAUUCGCCUCGACCGCUGUGUUGCAGACUGUUACCUGUCAGUGGGAUGGCGCGACAAAGGCUGGUUUGCAUGCGGCCGGAGGGAUUGUGAUUAAUGAUCUCUUCGGGAACGUGAUUCUGGCUCGUGGAAUUCAGUUUCCCUAUAUGGAUGACCCUUUGGUGGCAGAGAUGUUGGUUCUUCGGGAAGCGGUGGUGUGGUGUCUCGAAUUGGGGUUUCCAGCAGCUUGCUUCCAAGGUGAUGCCAAGGUCAUUAUUGAUAAACUUAAUCGGCGGGAUGCGAGGGAUGAUCGGGUUGGGGUUGUUCUUGAAGAACUCAUUUGGGUGUUUACAUGUCAUAGUGCGUUUAGUGUUCGCUUUGUAGGUCAGAGUAACAAUAGGAUAGCCCAUUUGGUGGCUAGAAAGGCCCUUGCUUUGUACCCGACUGGUUGUCGAUCUUUUGAUUUCCAGACCUAAUUGGUAUCCAGGAUAUAAUAUCUUUUUCUCUAUUAUUAUCUUUUGUUAAAAAAAAAAUGCAUAUGUUGGAGACUAAUCUGCCAUCAUGAAUACCUGAAAACCAUUAAAAAGAACAGGUGAUUCAAACUUAUAGCAUCCACGAUGGCUGGUUGUCUUUGACAUCUCUUUUAAAGAAUUGUAUGGAUAUUGAUUAAGAGCAUUUUCUUUUUCCAUCUCAGUUUUUCAUUUAAAACAGGUGGAAUGUAACUUCUCGAUUUGUCCAAGACCUAGAAAAAUAAACUAAGAACGAAUCAAUAGUAGCCAGUGGACAACAAGCAGUCAACUUUCUCCUCCGCCCUGGAUAAUAAUCCGUUGUACUCUUUUCCCGAUUGCUUUGUUUGGCACGGGCUGCUAUAUAUGCAGAAAUAUUUGGAUACCAAUUCAACAUGCAUGGCACCAUUCAGUCGUUUCCGACCUAAGCCGACUAGACAUAAAGGAUAUCCAAAGACCAAAAUAUAUAGAGGAAUACAUUGUUGACCAUUAAUUGUUAAGCUCGUCAGCUAAUUAGACUGCUUAAUUAAAAUCAUAAACACCACUGCCGAAUCGUAGUAUUAAAAGUUAAAACUACAC